AUGUGGUGAGAUCUUUAGAACCAACCAAAAUUGCAAAAUCCACACAAACAGAAGAUGUUUCUUUAGGUUUUCAUUAACAAUGACAAACUUCUGCUUGCAACCUUUCUGUAAAGCUUCAAAUUCCAUCAUCUUUUCCAAUUUUCUUGGCUACCCACAAAAUCAUAUCCAUAGAAACCCAUUUAGUAAAACCAGAGAAUCAAAAUGUCAUAGAGGAAGAAGAUAUGUCAGAGAUGGAAAGAAGAGUGUAAUUUGUGGUUUUCUUCUGCCAGUUGAUCCAUGGGCACCAACAAAUAUUGAUGCUUCAAGUAUAGCUUCACAACUCUUUGCAGCUUCACUUUUUCCUUACUUGGGUUUCUUAUACUUCAUUACCAAAUCAAAAACUGCUCCAAAGCUCACUCUGUUUGGAUUUUAUUUCUUACUUGUUUUUGUUGGUGCCACCAUUCCUGCUGGAAUUUAUGCAAAGGUGAACUAUGGCACUAAUUUAGCAAAUGUAGAUUGGCUUCACGGUGGAGCUGAAGCAUUCCUUACUCUUACCAACCUAUUCAUUGUGCUGGGAUUGAGGGGAGCCCUUAGGAAACCUAAAGAUGAUAUUGAAAGUUAAUGAUGAAUGGGUUUUGAUUGUUCAAGAUGAUACGGAAUCUUGGUGAUGGAACUUAACCGAGUAUGUAUGACUUUAAACAAUUGCCAAUGUUUUCUAGACACUCAUUUAGUCAAUUUCUCUGCAUCUUCUUCCUCAUUUUUUUUUUGUUUGCUUGGAAAGAUUGUGUUGGUAGUAUCACUGUGAAUACUGCCCAUGGUCAUGUAUGAAACCAAAUUCAAUGUCGUGAAAACAUAUAGCAGGGUACACAUCGACAUUGUUAUAAAUCCUGUCUAGUUUCAGUUUCAUGGCAAAAUUUACGUUCUUAGAUCA